UAAUAGAUAUGAUUUCGAGGUUUAGACAAAGAGGUGUCUUGACAGCAGGGCGGCAACAGGAGCUACAGCAACUAGAGGGACAGAGAAUGCAUCGGUCAUCUCGUCAAGAUCAACUUGAACAUCAUCCAGGUGCACUGCCUGCAUCCAAAGAUAUGAUUCGUCAGAUUGAUAUUGUACGGUAUUGCUCUUUAAGCAAAAAUGAGAGCUCAAAGGACACACUUGAAGAUAUAUCAGUGGACAUUCACAAGCCAGUCGAAUCCAUAUCUCCUUCUGUUGACACGGACAUAUGCAAAGUCAAUCAGUCAAACAAUCACAUACCAAAAGCUAAAGGUACCCACGGUAUCACCCAAAAUAAGACGAAUGUACCCAUCAAGGAGCUGUACAUUAGUAAUGAAGACGCACACUGUGCAAUAUGCAUCGACGACUACAAAGAUGGCGAUCAACUACACCACUUACCAUGUGGACACCACCUUCAUUUUGUAUGUUCAAAGAAAUGGCUAAAACAACGGAGUAGAUGUCCGUUAUGCAACUGCUGCAUCAAUAAGUCGGUCAAUUGCCAUAUAACUGUGAAUACUCUAAUCCAACCCAACACGGACGAAUCAUCUUUUGAUGAUAUUGCUGCACAUCCCAAUGAAACGAGUCGAUCGUCUACAAUGACCAGCUCAAGACACGUUUCAAUUGUAGUGAUCAAUUCUACAACCGAGACGAACAGAUAGCGUUUGUAAUAAAUGAAACAUAUUGCUAUAUCU